UAGUGUGAUAGCCAUAUAGAUAGAUGAUAAUUAUGUUAUUGCAGUCUGUUUAAUGAUUGAUUGGCGUGGCUAGCUGAGUCCAAUCCAAAUGUAGAAUUUGCUCAUUUCAAGGUCAGCCUAACUUGCUGCCUUCCCUGAACUCACACACAUUGCAACAUUUUUUUAUCUUUGGACACGAGUUUUACACUAGCCAGCAUGGCCGCCUUGCGUGCAGCCAAACAAGCUAUGAGGAGAGAAAUAAAGAAACGAGUAGCUGCGUUGGACGAUCAAGAGAAACUUCGCCAGUCUCGAGUCAUUUCGCAAACGCUCUUCAAGCACCCCAAGUAUGCCAGGUGUGAGCGCAUCGCUGUGUUUCUCAGCAUGCACGAUGAGGUGAGAACAGAGGAGAUCAUUCAGGACUUGUUUAAGCACGGUAAGACCUGCUUUAUGCCCAAGUACUUGACCCAGGGCACCAGUAACCACAUGGACAUGGUGAAGCUCACCAGCAUGGAGGAUAUGAUGUCACUGCCUCUGACUUCUUGGAACAUCAGACAGCCUGCCGCCGACGACAACACCAGAGAGGAGGCCUUGGAGACAGGAGGUCUUGACCUGAUCUUGAUGCCAGGCCUGGGAUUUGACAGGAAGGGGAAUCGUCUGGGCCGAGGGAAGGGCUUCUACGACUCAUACCUGGAACGCUGUAUGACGUACCCCAAGGGGAAGCCGUACACCAUCGCUCUGGCCUUCAGGGAGCAGCUGUGUCAGGACAUACCUGUGGGCGACAACGACGUGCUGAUAGACGAGGUCCUGUAUGAUGUCCUGGACUAGUUAAAAGGCACAUUUUCAUAUUUCUGAAGUAAAUCUCUAUUUGUGAUGUAAAUGAAAUGUCCUAGAAGGGUUCAGACACCUUUUUUGUGCUUUGUCUUGUUUUUGAGAAACUUACCCCCCAGCCGUGGUACACUUUGUUGCUCGUUGUGCAGUAAUCGGGCAACGCAAAUGACAUGAACAAAACCCACCCAAAUAUGUUGUUUUAGAGUCGACCAAAAUGGAUUAUAAUGUUGCGGAUACAUUUGGGAAUGACACAAUUUAACAUGUACAACAUCUUAAGACCUACAUCACUAUACUGACAGCCCAUCUCUAAAAGGACAUAUUUGGGUGUUUUUGGAGCUUUUGUUCAUGUCUUUUAUGUGCCCUGAUACUGCACAACGAGCAAUGAGGAAGUGUAUCAUGGCUGGGAGAAACGUAUGAAAAACAAGACAAAUCACACAAAACACUGUCUGGACCCUUCUAGAACAUGCCAUUUACACCAGAAACAGAGAUCUUAUUCAGAAAUAGGAAAAUGCUCCUUUAACUGUGAUGGGAGUCGUCAACUGGACUACAGUGGUAUGAUGAUGAAACCAGUGGAGGCUGAGGGGAGGACGGCUCAUAAUAAUGUCUGGAACGGAGUAAAUGGAAUGGCAUCCAACCAUGUAUUUGAUACCAUUCCACUGACUCCGCUCCAUCCAUUACCACAAGCCCGUCCACCCCAGUAACGGUGCCACCAACCUGUGGAUGAAAUUGUAUUAUACAGCACAUUAUAUCAUAUUAUGUGAUCCCAGCUAACAGAUAUUGGUUCCCAGAACACUGUGGAAGUUAUUUGAAACAACCAAAAGAGAACCUUUAGGGAACGUUCUGUGCUAGCUGUGGUGAUAUUGUUUGGUAUGAUGAUAUGACAUUCUCAUAAGACAUGAAGCUGUGAACUAGUCAACAAGACAGUGGUGGAGCUGAGUCUGGUGACCCCAUUCCAAACGGAUCAUUAGCCCUUACUCCAAGGGUUUUGUUUAAAUACUGAUCCAAUCCUUUUAAAUCUUCUAGUGGGGGCAUCAACAAGGGCCUAAGUAAGGGGACAGGGUUCAGUUUGGACUUUUGGACCUCUUAAGUGCUUGCUAAAGACCCCAUAGUAAUCAUAAUGGUCAAACGAGUUGUCUUAGAAUGUGCCUGAAUUGGUGAGGAAUAAACUGUUCUCUACAGAUGACACUUCUACCAGAUGACACUACCUUGUUUCCAUUUCAAGAUUCCUGUGAUUUCAGUUAUUAACUGUCAAACGUCCUGGUCUUCUGUAAUGAGAUGAUUAUGCUGCCAUUAGGGGACACAGGAAGUUCGGUUAGGAAUAAAGAUGACUGAAUGAA